AUGGGCGUCACAGAGGAAUGUACCGACACGGACUGCAAAGUUCUACCGGAUUUUGAGAAGGAAGGGCUUGACGAAAGUUUUCGGAAAUCCACUCGAGAUUCAUUGUCAAAUAACGAGAAACUGUCCGCGGAUUUGAAAAGCUCAAUCCUUCAAACUUCCACAGAAAUCGAGCAGCAAGCAAAUCCAGAAGUAGCCAAAGUUUUGGAAGAACUCGGAUUGAGGUUGGUAGAGGACGGUUAUGUAAAAUGGAGACCAGAUGCAUCAGCACAUCCAAGGAAUUGGACUUCUUCCAGGAAGGCGUUUGAUACUGGGCUGGUACUCCUUUUAGAUCUCUUUACGACCGCCGUUAGCACCGCCGGACCUCCGGUUGCAGAAAUAGCAAAAUUCGAGUAUGGUAUAAGUCGGGUAGUUGCAUUGGUUGCUUUCGGAAGCAUGUACCAAUUCGGCCAAGCAUUCGGCGGCGUCAUCUUCCCACCCUACUCCGAAGCAUUCGGGCGCAAAUCAGUAUACAUAUCCGCAUCUCUGGUAUAUUGUAUAUCAUGUAUCAUCGUGGGAGUUACCCCAUCUGUUGCUGGCGCCUUGGUGGGACGAUUCUUGUCUGGAUUUACGUCUGCUGUACCGUCGGUCAUAGUCUCGGGCAGCAUUGAGGAUCUGUUUAAUAUGAGAGAGCGUGUUUGGCUCAUCUACAUAUGGGCCUGUGCCACCACGGGAGGUCUUCUGGUAGGACCCAUAUACGGUUCAUAUAUAGCUGCGAUUAUUGGGUGGAGGUGGGUCUUCCACAUAGCCGCCAUCGUAAUGGCUAUCUUCACCACCCUCCUUCUCUUCAUCAAAGAGAGCAGAGCAAGCCGGCUCCUCGCAAGACGUCUCGAAAUCCUCCACAAACGAACAGGGCUUACCCACCUCCGCAUCAACAACCCAGACCACACCCCGAGCCUCCGCACCUUCGCCAAAGUGGCUCUCCGACGACCAGUGCAGCUAUUCUUCACCGAUCCCAUCGUCUUCGUCGUCUCAAUAAUGAGUGCCGUGGGCUGGGCCUUGAUCUACCUCUUCACGCAAGCUCUCCCCGUCAUCUAUCACGGCUUCGGACUUUCGCGGCAGCAAUCUUCCCUCUUGUUCCUCGCUAUCCUUGUGGGAAUAUUUUUCGGAAUCCUGCCCCGCAUUUACGAUCAAGGCGUUCUCAAGAAGCGGUUUGCAAAUGACUCGCCUCUGCACCCCGAAGACAAAUUAAUCGGCUUCGCAUUCGCAGCUCCUAGUCUUGCAUUCGGGUUGUGGUGGCUCGUCUUGACUGUCCCGCCUGCUUCAAAUCUGCCUUGGUAUGCGACGAUUGUAGGUUUGAUCCCUAUCGGUUUUGCUACCAACGAGUUUGCUUGCACACUCUCCGGGUACCUUGCAGAUACAUACACCAUCUACGCGUCAUCUGCAUUUGCAGCGAUGUCUUUCCUGCGAGCUGUGCUAGGCGGUCUGUUCCCCUUGAUCGGGGAACCGAUGUAUACGAAAGUGGGAUCGAACUGGGCGACUGUGAUCCUGGCUUGUAUGGCAACUGUCUUCUGUGCCACGCCUGUACUGUUUCUGAAGUUUGGGAGGAGGAUCAGACAGAGGAGUAAGUUUGCGAAGUAUAGUUUGAGAGUGAACAAGGAGACGCAGAUUCAAGACGAUAAUGUGGAAUAA